AUGUCUCGAGAACUCAUCUCUUCCGCUGAAUUCCCUCCUAAGCCUCACAACUGCCCUGCCGUCAAAGUACCAGGUCUGGUCUUCGUCGCCGGCCAAACAUCCGCAGAUCCCGAUAUCAAAAAAGCCACCCGCACCGUCUUGGAGAACCUAAAGAAAGUCCUCGAGUUGGCUGGAAGUAGUAUGGAGCAGGUUGUCAAGUACAAUGUUUAUCUCGCAGACAUGAAGGAUUUCGCCGCGAUGAAUGAGGUGUAUAUUGAUUUCUUGCCUCCUAACCCGCCUUCGAGGACUUGUAUUGCUGCUGCGGCACUGCCGGGUGCGGGCACGAUUGUGGAGAUUGAAUGUAUUGCUCAAGCCUAA